AUGGGGGGUGGACCAAACAAGAUUCGAAGAGACAAUGCGAUAAUUGGAAAAAGCGUACGCAUCACUCAGGGUCCGCUCAAGACAAUUUCUGUGGAUAGAUCCCGAAUAGCAUGCGUUGGAGAUGGCACACCGGGUGGAUCAAUCUCAAGCAUGACUCAGUAUGCCAAAACUCCCUACCAAGGAGACGAUGGCCGCACACCGAUGUAUGCAGGAAGCAAGACACCCAUGUAUGGAUCGGGCGCAAAGACACCGAUGUACGGUGCGGAUGAAGGUGGCAGAACUCCGUUUGGGUCUCACACGCCUGCAUACGACAGCUCUCGAACACCAGCUUACGAUGGUGGGCGUACACCUGCUUAUGAUUCUGGGCGAACUCCUGCAUACGAUGGAGGUCGCACCCCUGCUUAUGAUAGUGGACGCACGCCAAUGUACGACAGUGGUCGAACACCGGCGUACGAUUCUGGCAGAACGCCAGCAUAUGAUGGUGGCAGAACACCGUCAUAUGAAAGUGGUAGAACUCCUGCGUACGACAGCGGGAGGACACCCGCCUACGAGGGAGGACGAACACCU